AUGGCGGUAACUGGUCGUUUCCUCUCCAGCAUCGGCGCCGAUGUUCUGUGGCGGUCAAGCCGAGACCUGAAGAUCCUUAUCCUUCUCCGCUUCAUCCGCCUCCUCGGCUAUGGAGGCACGACGCUUGUUCUGGCGCUGUAUCUCAACGCGCUGGGAUUUCACGAUGCACAGAUCGGUCUUUUCAUGACGCUGACGCUCGUGGGUGAUCUUGCUAUUAGCUUUAUCCUCACUUGGGUCGGUGAUCGUGUCGGCGUGAGGUUGACUGCUGUUGUUGGAGCGCUGUUGAUGAGUGCUGGAGGCGUGGCGUUUGCGUACUUUGAGAAUUUCUGGCUAUUGCUUCUCGCGAGUAUCGUUGCUGUUAUUAAUCCAAGUGCGAAUGAGAUUGAUCCCUUCAAGGCAAUUGAGGAAUCAGCGAUUGCCCGUCUCAGCACAUCACAUACAUGCAAUGACAUGUUUGCAUGGUGGUCUAUGCUAGGCAUGUUCGGCACAGCAGCAAGUAAUCUCCUCACAGGCUGGCUCAUCAACGCCCUCGAAGACAACGGCAUGGAAAAGCUAGAUUGCCACCGCAUGAUCUUCCUCGGCUACGCCGGUAUCGGCCUCCUGAAGCUCAUGUGUUCACUCCUCCUCAGCUCCGAAGUCGAGCAAAUGCCCCUCCAAAAAGAAACCUGCUCAACACCCCAAUCCGGCAUCCUCACCCCCGAAGAAGAAUUAUCCGAUGAUGAGACUGCACCUCUUCUUGACGACAACAGCUCCGGCUACGGCGCCGUUCCCCAAACACAAGUCCAAGUCCUCGCCGCAGCACAGGAGAAGCGCCUCUUCACCCCAGCGUCGUUCGACUUCAUGUGGAAGCUCUCGCUCGCGCUGAUACUUGACUUCGUGGGCUCUGGCCUCGCACAGAUCUCGUGGAUGACAUACUUCUUCAAGCGCGAGUACAACAUGCCCGAGGGAGCGCUGGGCUCUGCGACCUUCACCGCCGGCAUUAUCUCCUCCGUGCUGAACCUCGCGUCGUCACCGCUGUCACGCGCCAUCGGACAGGUGCAAACCAUGGUGUUAUGUCACACGGUAAACUCCAUUUCACUGCUCAUGGUGUCUGUGCCGGGGAAUAAGUACAUUGCGCUUGUGAUUUUCAUCUUUAGAAUUGUUACGCGCGAGAUUGAUAAUGCGCCUAGACAGGCGUUCAUCUCAGCGGGGGUUUUGGACCAUGAGAGGACUUCGGCUAUGGGUGUUGUCAAUAUUACAAAGACGAUUGGCAGUUGUCUUGGUUUGUACAUCACGGGUUUGUUCGCGGGCUUGGAUAAGUUCUGGCUUGCGUUCAUUCUCGCUGGUGCACUUAAAUUGUCCUACAAUGUUUUGAUCCUGGCAUUCUUCUGGAAGAGGCGUUGA